GUCGUCGUAAUCGUUGGCCAGUUGCAAAAUCGACAUCUAAGUCGUUCAAUUCCAAAACAGUUCAACACUGAAUGCCGCCCAAACCGCGCCUUCAAAGUGCAACUUGGGUCCAGACCCGAAGUUUCAUUCUGCGAGCAGUUGGUCAAACUGGCAAACCCAUUCUCCCUCUUGAUCCGCCAAAAGACCAGCCAAUACACCUCCCUGGCUCCUCUUAGGUCGAAAGAUGCGCGCACCGUGAUCCCCGACACCUACAAGUAGUCGGCAAGGCAGAGCAGGAGUAGGAAUUCAGGACUGACGUAGAGACAAGUCCUCCUGCGCAGGAAGUUUGCCAGGGACUUACCGCUUGCGGCCGGGGCCGUGUCUUCUAGGGCCUUGGGCCGACGCGGGAUGCCUCCUUCAACCUCGUAUCCGCCCGCGAAGCCGCCAGACUCUCCGGCUGAGGACUCCGAAUCCGAUCUCGAGAUCGACCUCGAAGAGCUGGACCCUCAGCUCGACCUCGGAACGGAACACACAGGGAGGAAAGGGCUGAGCGGCCAGGCACGCGACACCACUCACCAACGAGGCCCCAGGAUCGCUCUGCGUACCCUUCGAAUGGGCGGGCUACGACGUGGUGCUAAACGCAAUGGAUAUGGUGAACUGGGUCAGAGCCAUGGUGGCGGCUACGAUGACGCCGAAGCUUUACUAAGAGAUGAAGACGGCGGAGAUCGGCGGUACUCAGACGCCAGCGCCGCCGGUGGGGAUGAUGCGCCGCUGCUCAGCGGGCAUGCCCGGAACCCCAACAGACGGCGCGGGUCGCUUGCCAGCGAGACCCUUCGCAGGGUCGUCCUGAGGCUCCCCGAAUUCAUGUCGGGCGCUGCCGCGGAUCGUGGCAACCAAGACGAGGAGGUCCUCAAGGAGGAGGACGACCCCUCGUCGUCCAGACUGGUGGCUGUUGGCUCCUCUCAAUCCACACGCUUCCCGCCGAAUAUCGUGUCGAACGCGAAGUACACGGCAUGGAGCUUCCUGCCUCUUACGCUCUACAACGAGUUCUCCUUCUUUUUCAACAUGUACUUCCUCCUGGUCGCGCUUUCUCAGGCUAUUCCCCCAAUACGAAUCGGCUAUCUGUCAACAUACAUUGCUCCGCUAGCAUUUGUCCUGGUCAUCACGCUGGGCAAGGAGGCUUAUGACGAUAUAGAGAGGCGGAGGAGGGACAAUGAGGCGAAUUCGGAAGAAUAUACCGUCCUGCAAUUUGAUGAGCCGGGAAAGACGGGGGGCGCCCGGUCGACGAGGAAAAUGAAGUCUUCUCAUACCCCGAAAGGACCCAAGCGUUAUGUUCCAGAAGGGGACCGACUUUCGGACAUCCAAGAGGAGGAGGAGCAAAUUGAGGGUUUCGGAUCCCGAAAAUCUCGGGCGUGGACGACUGUUUCUGAAGUCAGCAAAAAGGCGCGGGAUCUCAAGGUUGGCGACGUCCUCAAACUCAGUAAAGGACACCGUGUGCCCUCGGAUGUUGUUAUUCUCAAGUGUCUAUCAAAUGAUCCAGCCGUGCAGAAACACGACGCGGAAGGCCCACGUCAGGAGGAGUCGUUGCUCCUGGAUCAUGCGGCUGACGCGGGAGGAAGCUCGAGUACCCGAGGUCUUACUGAGGACGUCCGAGAGGCGGCCGAAGGAGGCUCGAACGGAGAGACAUUUAUCAGGACUGAUCAAUUAGAUGGCGAGACCGAUUGGAAGCUACGGCUAGCGUCACCCUUGUCGCAGAACCUGGCUGAUGAAGAGUUGGUCCAUCUAAGGGUCACAGGGGGCAAGCCGGACAAGAAGGUGAACGAAUUCAUCGGCACCCUGGAGCUUCUGCCCUCGCGGCAAGAUGCCAUGAGCACUGCGGCCUUCUCUCAAGACGAGGAUAACAGCGUGAAGGCAGCACCCCUUUCGAUUGACAACACGGCCUGGGCAAAUACCGUCAUCGCCUCGCAUGCCAUUACCUUGGCCGUCAUUGUCUACACCGGGCCGCAAACGCGUUCUGCGCUGUCGACGUCCCCGUCUCGUUCCAAGACCGGUCUCCUGGAAUACGAGAUUAACUCACUUACCAAGAUCUUGUGCUUCCUUACACUUACGCUCUCCAUCAUCCUCGUUGCGCUGGAAGGGUUCAGUAACACCAAAGGAAGCAUAUGGUACGUCAAAAUCAUGAGGUUCUUGGUCCUUUUCUCGACGAUUGUGCCCAUCAGUCUGAGGGUGAACCUCGACAUGGGAAAGAGUGUCUACUCUUGGUUUAUCCAAAGAGACCCGGGCAUUCCUGGCGCUGUUGUCAGGACCAGCACCAUCCCAGAGGACCUGGGGCGGAUUGAGUACCUUCUUAGCGACAAGACGGGGACUUUGACGCAGAACGAAAUGGAGAUGAGAAAGAUCCACGUCGGCACCGUAUCCUACGCCAACGACGCCAUGGAUGAAGUCUCAACCUACGUGAGGCAUGGCUUCCAUCUCACUUCUUCCGACCGCCAAGCCCUCGUUUCUCCCUCUACAUCACUGUCAUCGGCCGCAAAUGUUGGCGCCACAAGGACACGGCGUGAAAUUGGUUCUCGUGUCCGGGAUGUCGUCCUUGCCCUCGCCCUCUGCCACAACGUCACACCAACCACCGAAGAAGAUGAGGACGGCCGAAUGGUGAAUUCAUACCAGGCCAGCUCGCCCGACGAGAUUGCCAUUGUCCGCUGGACCGAGUCGGUCGGUCUGCGCCUGGCGUCCCGCGACCGUAAGAGCAUUGUCCUUGAGGCCACCGGGACAGGCAGGACCGUCGUCAAGGUACGCAUCCUGGACAUAUUCCCUUUCACCUCGGAAGGCAAGCGCAUGGGCAUCAUUGUGCAGUUCUAUGAGAAGCGGAAGCCUGGGGUUCCGAGCCUCGGCUCCGGAGAGAUUUGGUUCUACCAGAAAGGUGCCGACACCGUCAUGGGCUCCAUCGUGGCGGCGAAUGACUGGCUAGAUGAAGAGACGGCAAACAUGGCGAGAGAGGGGCUCCGGACACUAGUCGUUGGGAGAAAGCGGCUCUCCGCAGCCGAGUACCAGGACUUUUCGGCCAAGUAUCAGGAGGCCUCGCUGGCCAUCAGCGGCCGCGAAGCGGGGAUGCAGGCCGUCGUGUCUCGCUAUCUCGAGCACGACCUGGAGCUGCUUGGCGUCACUGGCGUCGAGGACAAACUCCAGAAAGACGUCAAGCCGUCGCUUGAGCUGCUUCGCAACGCUGGCAUCAAGAUCUGGAUGCUGACUGGUGACAAGGUGGAGACGGCGCGCUGCGUAGCGGUUAGCUCCAAGCUUGUCGCGAGAGGCCAGUACAUCCACACAGUCGCCAAGCUGCGUCGGAAAGACGCCGCUCAAGAGAACUUGGACCUGCUCCGCAGCAAGACCGACUCCUGCCUGCUCAUCGAUGGCGAGAGUCUGGGCAUGUACCUGACGCACUACCGCACCGAGUUCAUCUCGGUUGCCGUCCUCCUUCCGACCGUCGUCGCCUGUCGGUGCUCGCCGACACAAAAAGCCGAAGUGGCCAAGCUCAUCAAGGAGUACACCAAGAAGCGCGUGUGCUGCAUCGGCGACGGCGGAAACGAUGUCUCCAUGAUCCAGGCAGCCGACGUCGGCGUGGGCAUCGUGGGCAAGGAAGGCCGCCAGGCCAGUCUCGCCGCCGACUUUUCCAUCGAGCAGUUCCACCACCUCACCAAGCUGCUCGUCUGGCACGGCCGCAACAGCUACAAGCGCAGCGCCAAACUGGCCCAGUUUGUCAUCCACCGCGGUCUGAUCAUUGCUGUUUGCCAGACCAUGUACAGCAUCGCGCUCAACUUCGAGCCCGAGGGCCUGUACAAGGACUGGCUUAUGGUGGGCUAUGCAACAGUCUACACGGCCAUGCCCGUCCUGUCGCUAGUGCUCGACAAGGACGUCGACGAGAACCUGGCCAACCUGUACCCGGAGUUGUACAAAGAGCUGACUUCGGGCCGGUCGCUGUCGUACCGCACUUUUUUCGUCUGGGUGUUUGUCUCGGUCUACCAGGGCUGCCUCAUCCAGGGCCUGUCACAGCUGCUUACCGAAGUGGAUGGCCCGCGCAUGGUGGCCGUCAGCUACACGGUGCUGGUGCUCAACGAGCUGCUGAUGGUGGCCAUCGAGAUCACGACGUGGCAUUGGGUCAUGGUAGUGUCGAUUGUGGGGACGUUUCUUAUGUUUGUUGGGUCGAUUCCGUUUCUGGGAGAGUAUUUUGACCUGGCUUUCUUGUUGACUGUGGGGUUCUACUGGCGGGUUGCUGCUAUUGGGGCGAUGUCAUUGAUCCCCACGUACGCGGCCAAGGUUAUUCAAAGGACCAUGAAGCCGCCGUCGUACAGGAAGGUACAGGGGAUUUGAGGG